CUGUUUCACAUAGCAUUUGUCAGUGCACAGCCGUCCGUGUUACAGAAUAGAUGCUCUGGAUCUUCUAGCAUACGUCUUAGAACCACGCGCGCCCCGUUGAAUGUUUUAGUCCUUGCUGCCAUCGUGAAACUGGAUCGGAUUGGGUACAACGACGGUGCGUCACGACCGAUCGAAACUCCCGCGCAAUCAGAUCUGCAGACAAGAAGAGAAAGGAUUUGGUGGCCGUUUAAUAAAAUCCACUGAACGAAACGGUCAAGUGGCGACAGUGCCAGUGCCGUCGAAUAUCGUAAAAGGGGUGACGAGAGUGUGCAGGGUAUGGAAAUCUCGAACUAGUUUCCACCGUUCGGCGCCUUUUAGUCAACCGGAAAAUAUUUACUAAUACAAUCUAGUAAACUGUAGAGUGGCAGGGUCGGAGGCAGUGCUGCACUGAAGGGAAAGCCUUUGCCAAGGUCAUGCACGAGUCUAGCGGAGAGAACUAAAUUGCCAAUCUAACUCCGGCGCAACCGUUGAGUUGCACUCCAAGCGUUUUUGUGGUGCAGUUGGAAGAACAGCGGAAUCGAUUUGUCCAAAAUGGACCACACUGUGGAAGAGAUCAAAAUCAGUGCGCGGUGCAAGUUAAUGUUGCUUUUCUGUGGAUCGCAGUGCUGAGUGAAAGUAAUCAAGAUAAGAACAGGUAAAAUCGGUGGACCUCGUCGAGGUGACGUGAAAGGAUACUCACACAAGUACUGAUUUCAAUGAUUCCUCUGCGUUCUUUUGUGUUCUAAAGAAGUACAGCAGAAGAAACACGGAGCAAAACAAUAGUUGAGUGCAUCCCAAAACCAGCCCGUGACGAGCCAGCCAACGGAUCCGGUGAAAAAUGUGGUGAUUUCUGGUGCAGGCAGAGUAUCAGCGUAUAGCUUGUGCUGACGGUUCCCAAUCGAAUCAGUGCAGAACCCUCGCUGUAGCCAAAAGCCAAUAGGAAAAGCUGUAUAUUUUGUAGCUGACAUAUACAAACUCUUUGCACAUUUUAGUAGGAUGGAACAAAUUGUUAAUUGGAUUGUUUACUUCUUAAUGAUUUUAUCCAUCGAUCGAGUCUGUAGUUAUCCUACACCAAAUGACAUUCUGUCAGGACCAGAGUUCCUAUCGAUGCUCAUGGAUGCAGAAGUUCGAAGCAGUAAAAACAGUAACAACGGUGGCAGUGGCUACAUCAAACGUCAAUCUUCACCAAUGACUGGCCACGAAUACCGUGGAUCACGAAAGUUCCAUCACUUUUAUUAUGAUCGAAGUGACGCUGAGGACAGUAUUCUACCGAUCGAAGCACUAUUCACCUCCCAGGAGGACAUAACACGAAGCGGAUCUCGAUCGUACGGGCUUCGUAGCAGGUACAGGACCAGGAACGGAAAAUUGUUACCUCGUACGACUUCAACUACAGAAGCUGUAGGCGAAGUUACUGAUUUGGUGGUUGCUGCUAGUGAAAUCAGUAUUGGGUCCAGCUCGACAACUGACGGGGAGAUAACGGAGAGUACGACGAUUAUCGCAGAAUUGCCAACCGAAACUGAUACUCUGUCUAGCAGCACCACGGUAACCUCAUCUAUCAACACUAGUCAUAUUCCUCAGUUGGAAGAAAAACGGGAGGAAAGAAUUACUUCUGAUUUCGUGGAUAGUACUAGAUCAAUACAAUUGAACGAUGGAGGACGGCCCAUCAAUGUGAACUCGUUUCGAAGUGAACUCACGAUAGAAGAGAUAGCACCAUCUAUUGAUCGUGGGAUUAAAACUUACGAACCCGAUGAAUCGAGUAAUGUGCGAAGCAUUGCUUCCAUGGCAGAAUCUGAAAUAUCCCGUGUUCAGCCAAUCCGAGGGAGGAUGCAACGGAAACAAAACCCGUUAACACCGCGACAAACGGUUAUAUAUCAUGACAAAGAAAACGAGAAAGAUCAGCCCCACUCAGUGUCUUAUAGUUACAUUGGUGAAUCGGCGCCGACCAUAAAAACUUGGAAAGACAUAGACGAGGAAUAUUUAAAACCAGCUCAACAAUCGGAAAACAGCACUGUAAAAACAGUUGAACGUUCUACUAGUAAACCAGUCUUUUCAGAGCCGGCCAAAAUUUGGUCAGAACCGGAGAAAAACUAUAGUGAGCCGGCAAAAGUGUGGUCCGAGCCGGCGAAAAUUUAUUCCGAACCGGCAAAAUUUUACUCGGAACCAGCGAAAGUGUAUUCCGAGCCAGCUAGAAUUUAUUCGGAGCCUGCCAAGGUCUAUUCCCAGCCGUCCAGUUACUGGCUAACGGCUUAUGAAAAUCCCCCUGCUGGCCCAGCUGGUGUUUCUCGCCCAUCAACCGAAAAACCUGCUGAUCAGCCGAAACGGAUAGUUUUCAAUGAUUUGGAUAAAAUUCCUUAUGACGAACUUAACGCACCAGCGAAUGCCGAGGAACGAACAUCCAUCCAUAAUGCAAUAGGAAAGUUCACCCCGAAGCAGAUUCAUGAGCCGCCGAAAAGGCUUAACUAUAAACCAACACCGGAUCCAACGGAGAUUGUGGAUCCGUAUGUUGAACAGCAGGACGGCCAGACUGGAAAUGCACCGGCUGGGGUAGUCCGAACUCUCGCUCCGGCUGUCGGAUCACCCGACGACUCCAAAGUGGGUUAUGUCGUCGAAGGCCGUAAUUACCGCAAGUAUCGCGUUGAAGAGAAAACACCGGACGGUUUUAUUGUCGGUGAAUAUGGUGUGCUGAGUCAUAACGACGGUAACCUGCGCGGAGUUCGCUAUACUGCCGAUUCCGAUGCCAAUCCUAGGUUGAUAUAUGACGCGCUGCUAAAGUUUCUAUCGCUGUGAGCGACGGACGGGACUCAGUCUGAAGUGGUAACUGUUGCCAAAUAGAGUUAACUUACUUCCCUUCUUCAAGCACGUCUAUGAUCUGUUCAGUUUUAUUCGAAAAAUCACAACAUUCAGUGUAGAAAUCCAGACAAAUAAUCACGAUUGGUUUGCCCUGCGCAAGCAGUCCUAUCUCAUUCGCUAAGGGAAGUGUUAAAAACUACUAAGUCGAUGCCAUACAAUCAACCUUUGAACUACAAUAAUUGCACAAUAAAACAAAUAUAUUUAUAUAUCAGUAGUGAUAAACUGCGCCCUUUCAACGUCAGCAAUUGGAUCGCGGAAAAGUUGAUUCUGAAUGUGAUAGUAGACUAGGUUAAUUAUUAAUUUAUUAGACCGGUUCCGUCCGAACAGCGAAACAGGUAUGUGUCCGGUACUGCCAGACGAACUCUGCUCAAUCUGGAGAUUUUUAUUUUGAACGAUGAAGCUCUAUUUCCAUUUCUUCAAAAUAACAUCUUGCCAUACGCCCGAAUCGCACUGAACUUUGUAGUAGCACUUAACAUAUCGAUCAUUUUAGACUAAGGCCGCCUUGAAAAAAAAAAAUAAAC